UUGGUGUACCUAAAGGGCGCCAUUUUGCCAACACGCAAAUCCGAGUAAUCCAUCCAACGGAGCCGACGCCUAAAACCCUUUCUUAGUUCUCUUCACCCCCAUUUUUGUUUCCUGAAGCAGUCAUCGGAGGAGGGUAUCUCUCUAACGCACAUAGACAGACGCAAAUGAACGAAUAUAUAGAUUAGAGAGAGAGAGAGAGAGGAACGACUCCAACGAAACCCUAAGAUCCUAACGGCAACUGUAAUGGCGUCAAAGUUCGGCAUGGCGGGGGGAAUUCCGGAGCGUCGGGUUCGACCGAUAUGGGACGCCGUUGACUCUCGCCAAUUCAAGCAUGCACUGAAGCUUUCAACUGCUUUGCUCUCUAAGUAUCCCAACUCUCCCUACGCUCUUGCACUCAAGUCUCUUAUUUUGGAGAGGAUGGGAAAACCUGAUGAGGCACUGUCCAUCUGCUUAAAUGCCAAAGAGCAAUUAUAUUGUGAUAAUGUUGUUCAUAUUGAUGAUCUUACCCUUAGCACCCUACAGAUUGUUUUCCAACGUCUAGACCGCUUGGAUCUGGCUACUAGUUGUUAUGAGUAUGCUUGUUCCAAAUUUCCUAACAACUUGGAGCUGAUGAUGGGUCUCUUUAAUUGUUACGUUCGUGAAUACUCAUUUGUUAAGCAACAACAGACAGCCAUCAAAAUGUACAAACUUGUUGGUGAAGAAAGGUUUCUGCUCUGGGCUGUUUGUAGCAUCCAGUUACAGGUAUUCUGUGGUGAUGGGGGAGGGAAGUUGUUAGUCUUAGCAGAAGGUUUGCUUAAGAAGCAUGUUGCCUCUCAUAGCUUGCAUGAACCAGAAGCCCUUCUUGUUUAUAUCUCCGUUUUGGAGCAACAAGCCAAGUAUGGGGCUGCUAAUGAAAUUCUGUCUGGAAAAUUGGGAUCUCUUCUAUCAAUUGAAGUUGAUAGGCUACGUAUGCAGGGGAGGCUUCUAGCUCGUGCCUGUGACUAUUCUGCUGCUGCAGAGAUAUUCCAGAAAGUUUUGGAAUCAUGCCCUGAUGAUUGGGAGUGUUUCCUACACUAUUUGGGCUGUUUGUUGGAGGAUGACAGCAGCUGGUGCAGUGGUUCUAUCAAUGAUAUAAUCCAUCCACCAAAAUCUGUUGAUUGCAAGUUGUUUCACCUGACAGAUGAAGUGUUUGACUUGCGCAUAUCCCAAGCAUCCUGUCUUGUACAAAAGUUACAAGUGCAGGUGGGCUACGAUUCUAUAAGAGGUCUUCACUUGGCAAAUCUUGAAAUUGAAAGGAGGAAACACCUAUAUGGGAAGGGUGAUAAUGCUAAACUAAUUGAAGCAUUAUCUAUGUAUUUUUGCAGAUUUGGUCACCUGCCUAACUUCACAUUUGAUGUUGAGAUUUUCCUCAAAGUGUUAAAUCAUGAUGAGAAAAUGGAAUUAUUGGAAAAAUUGAAGCAAAGUUGUGACUCAUCAUUGAUAUCUCCAACAAGAACACUUGGGCAAUCAAUAACCAUAUUUAAGAUUCAAGAACUGAUUAGAAAUAUUUUCAAUUCUCCUUUGGCUGAACUUGAGGGCACUGCUGUAUCAAUGACAGAAAUUUACUGUAAAAAUCUUCCACUUUCAAAGAACUUGGAUCCCCAAGAAAAUAUGAAUGGUGAAGAACUUCUAUCUAUGGCAUGCAAUGUACUGGUUCAGUUAUUCUGGCGGACCCGGAAUCUUGGUUAUUUGCUAGAGGCAAUUAUGGUUCUGGAAUUUGGUUUGACAAUCCGAAGCAGAAAUAUGUGGCAAUACAAGAUUCUAUUGUUGCACUUAUAUUCGCACUUGAGUGCCCUUCGAUUAGCCUAUGAAUGGUAUAAAACACUGGAGAUAAAGAAUAUCCUGCUGGAAACAAUUUCUCACCAUAUUUUACCCCAGAUGUUAGUAUCUCCUCUUUGGAAUGAGCUAACUGACCUUCUAAAGGAUUAUCUCAAAUUUAUGGAUGAUCACUUCAGAGAAUCUGCUGACCUUACCUUCCUUGCUUAUCGACAUCGUAAUUACUCAAAAGUAAUUGAGUUUGUUCAGUUCAAAGAGCGAUUGCAGCACUCUUACCAAUAUUUGAUGGUGAGGGUUGAAUAUCCUAUUUUACAACUGAAGCAGAAAGCAGACAACAUUGAAGAAGAAGAGUGUAUUCUUGAAGGCAUGAACUCCGGUAUUCAGUCACUUGAUCUUUCGAAUAGGGAUGGGUGCAAAUCUUUGACCUUCAAUGAAGACAUGCAGUCACGACCUUGGUGGACACCUACACCAGAUAAAAAUUAUCUGUUAGGACCAUUUGAAGGUGGCUUCUUUGCUUUUAGAGAAAAUAUGCAAGAACAAAUUAAGGAGAGGGAAGCAAAUGCAUGGAAAGUGCUUGAGAGGAGAUCACUUCUUCCCCGGUUGAUCUAUCUGUCUAUCCAGUGUGCUUCCUCUUUGCUCAAGGAUAACCUAGAUGCCAUUGGCUCUAUCUCCGAUACUAAUAGCUCCUUAGAGCUGAAGUGUUUGCUUGAACGCUGUGCAAAAAGUCUUGGCCACUCUUUCACUGGUGCAGUGGAUAGGAUUGUUGAAGUUUCAAAUGGCCAACAUUGUUUUGAGGCAUUUAGUUUGGACGUGGUUGAGUGGAUGAACUUUGCGGUGUUUUUGCAUGCAUGGAACUUAAGCUCCCAAGAGCUUGAGGUGCUAGUUGGAGAGAGAUCCUUGCCAAGUUCAUGGCACCUAGUCAAUAACCUGGUUCAGAAAUAUAUCCUCGAGGGGCUGAGAAUGAUGCAACCAGUUAGAAAAUCUCCUGGAGUUGAUUUACCAAUUUUGGUACAGAUGGUAACAGAACCACUGACUUGGUACAGUCUUGUAAUUCAAUCUUGUGUUCGAUCCAUGCUCCCAUCUGGCAAGAAAAAGAAGAAAAGUGGUCCUGCAGAUCAGGUAAACUCUCCAAUGUGUCAGGCAAUACAUAGUUCGAUUCUAUCAUUGCAUGAUGCAAUACAGGAGGUCACAACAUGGUUGAAGGAGCAAAUACACAGGCAAGAGGAUGAAAAUCUGGAUACUCUGUUAUCUCCUCUCCAGAGAAAAGGACUUGGUGAAGGACCUGGGCUGGUUUUCCAGAUUCUAGAGUCUUUGGCUUCUUCUGCAGGUAACCUUGAAGUUGGUGAUCGGAUUUGCCAGGCAUUGCAAUCAUGGAGUCCGGUUGAUGUUGCAAGGAAAAUAAUAACUGGCCAAUGUACAGUACUUUCUGAGUUUCUUAAAAUAUGUGAAUCAAAGCUGAAGCUGUUGGAGGCAUUGAAACAACAAAUAUAGUUAAUGACAUCAUGAAUGCAGAUUCUCACUAGUGUUCAUAAGAGCUAUCCAGUUUACAGCUUGAUCCACCAAUGUUUUCGCAACUUCAGGGUGGCAAAUCUGGUUCUGCAAUCUUCUCCCCCACCAAAGUGGGCAUUGCCAUUUGAGUUGUGUAAUUUGUGUUCCAUUAUUUCUUUUCUUUUGCAUAUUUUGUUUUUAAUUGCUUUUCAUCAGGACAUUUCAUUGUAAUUUUGAGGUUGAUUAGAUUGGUGGUGCCUUAUUUCUUUUCAUUUUGUUCACUCCAAAUGAUUUCUCGGCGUUUUUUGUUCCACUAGAUUGCAGAGAAAAUAUAUACUAAAUAAAUAUCAAUGUGUUUGUUUAGGCA